CGGAGUGAAGAUAAUAUGUGUGGUGUCAAUAGUAUAUAAAUAUAUACACACUCACACCCUCACACAGAGAGACACUCCUGCCCUGCUGUCACUCUGUGUGUGGUUUUGCUUGGAGCAGAUGGUCAAAAAUGACAUUCUCUGGAUGGAUUCUGGCUUUAUGUCUGGUGGCGUUAAAAGAGCAAAGCCAUGCAACAAAAGCAGAGGGGAGAGCAGGCAGUGAAAGAAACUGCUCCACAGUGCCUCCGUAUUUACCUCCAACAGCUAUUAACACAACUAGACAGCUAUAUGAUCUUAGAGAGGCCAUGAAAACACAAAACAUCUCUGCCUAUAUUAUACCUGGAACAGAUGCCCACCUGAGUGAGUACAUUGCCCAGCGAGAUGCCAGAUUGGCCUGGAUGUCUGGUUUCACUGGUUCUUCAGGCACAGCAGUUGUGACCCGAAACAAAGCAGUGUUAUGGACUGACAGUCGCUAUUGGGUUCAGGCCGAGCGCCAGAUGGACUGUAACUGGGAACUGGAACGAGACAAUUCCAUCUCCAGGAUCAGCAGAUGGCUUAUCGAAAAUCUCAAUGAUAAAGAUUUUGUGGGCUUUGAUCCAUUUCUGUUCUCUGUAUACACAUUUGAUGCCUACAACAGUAACCUGGCUCCAGCUGCACUUGUGCUUACAUCUAUUCCUGAUAACCUGGUGGACAAAAUAUGGGAUACACGAUCACCUCUUCCUCCUGAUAACCUCACACGCCUGCCUGAUGACUUCACUGAGAGAACCUGGCAGAUGAAGGUGGAUCAGAUACGGGCUCAUAUAAUGAAAAAUCCUUACAAGCCGACAGCUGUCCUGCUCUCAGCUCUGGAUGAAACAGCAUGGCUCUUAAAUAUGCGCGGUAAUGACAUUCCCUUCAAUCCAUUCUUCUACUCCUACACACUGCUGACUUUGGAUGAGAUAUGGCUCUUUGUCCAUACUAAAAGGCUGACAGAAGAAAUUAAGGUCUACCUAAACUCAUCUUGCACCUUGUCUCACUGCGUGCAGCUGUUUGAAUAUGAGACUGUCCAAAAGCAUCUUAAGAAGUAUCUCACUAAGCCCAAUGUAAGAGUGUGGGUGGGCACAGAGUACACUAACCAGGCACUGUAUGGGCUCAUCACUCCAGAGGAGAAGCUCCUACAAAGUGAUUACUCUCCAGUGCUGACCACAAAAGCAGUGAAAGAUGAGACAGAGCAAAGAAUCCUCAGAGAAGCGCAUAUAAGAGAUGCUGUAGCAGUCAUGCAGCUCCUUCAGCAACUUGAGAGAACUGUCCCUGAGGGCAAGGAGACAGAGCUUACUGCAGCACAUCUCAUCAAUGAGUACCGCAGUAAGCAGAAAUUCAGCAAAGGGCCAAGCUUUGAGACCAUUUCUGCAAGUGGGCCGAAUGCAGCUCUCGCCCAUUAUAGUCCAUCAAAUGAAACGGCAAGAAAGUUAACCACAGAUGAGAUGUACCUCAUUGACUCUGGAGGACAGUACCUUGAUGGUACAACUGACAUUACCCGCACCGUGCACUGGGGUUCACCCACUGCUUUUCAGAAGGAGGCUUUCACAAGAGUGCUUAUGGGAAACAUUGAAAUAUCAAGGACAAUUUUUCCAGCAGGAACUAAAGGUGUCAAUAUGGAGAUGCUAGGGCGCAGAGCAUUGUGGGAAGUUGGUCUGAAUUAUGGUCAUGGUACAGGCCAUGGUGUGGGAAACUACUUUGGAGUUCACGAAUGGCCUGUUGGUUUUCAGUCCAAUAAUAUUCCCUUCCAGCAAGGCAUGUUCACAUCUAUUGAACCUGGCUAUUACAAAGUAGAUGAAUUUGGAAUAAGGAUCGAGGAUGUUGCUGUCAUUGUUCCAGCGAAAACAAAGUAUGGCAAUAAUUAUCUGACAUUCGACACAGUGUCACUGGUCCCCUACGACAGAAAAUUGAUUGAUACUCAUAUUCUCAGCACUGAACAGCUCCAAUGGCUAGAUACAUACUACCUAAGCAUCCGGAAUACGAUGGGUCCAGAGCUGAAGGAGCAGUGCCUGACAGAGGUCUAUAAUUGGAUGAUGGACAAUACAAAGCCAUUCCUGAACACAGUGUCUUCAGCUUCCAUCCCCAUGAUCUCGCUACUGCUGCUAUUUCUGCCUAUAACUCUACUGUAGAGUCACCUUCAAAUAUCGCAUGGCUUUAUUUUGCAAUCUCUGAAGAAUGUCACAAGAAUUUACUGUAGAAUCUGUAAAAAUAAAGAAUUACUCACACUAUAUACCACCAGUCUGUCCUAACAUUUCUACCAGUGUGUCCAUUAGUCACAGUGCUCCAUCUUGCUCACUCCCAGUUCUUUAUCAAUUUUUGUAUAAAUUUUUUGUAGUUAGCAUCAGUAAAUGAUCACUAAGGAUAAAUGAAAAAAACAUUUUACAUAUGCUUUUAAAUGCACAUUCAUCUAUAUUCACUGUUCAGUGCCAGGAGGCAUGCAAAACUGAUGAGUCAUAGUCGAAAAAGUUAAUUCAGUAUCUCCUGUGUAUUUUUAGCACUUAACCUACCAACCUAAAAUGAACAGAAAUGUUUGUGCAUGUUGGAUAUUUUCCAGUGCAGCAGAGCUUUUUGGUGUUGGUGUUCAAAUCUAAAAUGAAUUGGGAUUCUGAUUAUGUGUGUAAUGAAGCUGUUUGCAAUUCAUAUGUACAGAGGUGUACACCUACUAAUCACUUAGGAUUUGAUUUUUAUUAAAAAAUGCAUUUUUAAAAUC